AGAAUAACUCCCAAAUUAGAACAAUAAACUCUAAGCAUAAAAAUAAAAUAAUUAUCAUUCGAAGCUAAAUAAAAUACCAACAAAUUGAACGAAACUUACAUAUUUACCAUAAUUUUGCGAAAAAAAAAUUAAAUAAAAAGAAAUUCAAACGAAUUAGCCAAAAAUGCUCCUCACCUCAAACAACAACUCUACCAACAACAACAGCUACAAUCAACGCACCAACAGCAGUCACAGCAUGGCUACCACCAAUUCAACAUCCACAUCCACUCCCACGCCGGGCUGCUCCUCCACAUCGUCCAAUCACACGCUAUUGGAGCCUUCAGCCGCUUGGGCACAGCUGCCCAAUGUCGGCACCUCAGCGUCAUCUUUGGCUGUUGCUGUCGCCGCCGCCGGACCGAGCAAUUCACGUCCACCAUCACGUGCGCCCUCAAUUUUGGAUAGCCCCACCUUGGCGCGCGUGGAACGUGCUCGCUUACGGCUAGAAGCUACAACAUUGCAACAGCAACAACAACAUCAGCAAAUGUAUUCGAAUGGCAGUAGUAGUGGUAGCAAUGCAACUACACUCAAUAGAGAGGACAGUUUGGAGCGCAGCAUUUUGGAUCCGAAGCGCGAUGUCGCAGCACCGCCCUGGCAACAAAUGUGGUCGCAUAUGAAACGAUUAUCGCACAAUUCGAAAGUGAACUCUACAAAUGCAUUGACAUUUACAUUGCCGAAGACUGAUAUUGGUGGCACCAAUGGCAAGUGUAUGAAUAAUCUGUAUCCGGAUAGGACAGCUUCUUUGAAGAACCCGAUGAUGAAUACGCAUGCGCAACAACAAGUCUACUACAAACCAGAUGUGCAAUCUCUGCUCGCCGGCCGCAUACCAGUCGCCUCAAUGACAGGUCCAAUUAAACGUGGCCUGCUGUGGCAGCAACGUGACCGCCUUUUUUCACGCUGGAAGGAAAGGUACUUUGUGCUAACACGCGAUUAUCUGCAUUGUUUCAAAAGGGCAUCCGGUUCGGCUAAUGAGCGAGCCUCUGAUAUGGGACAAUUCAUAUUUAAGGUGAAGCUGGUCGAUGUGGAGAAGGUCGAAUGGUUGAAUAGGCGUUCCUACAGCGCCAUCGGUUUGCUACUGGGACGAGAAGGGCGUAUUUUGUUGCGUUGCGAUAACGGUUUGGAAGACUGGUUCGAAUUGUUGGAGGAAUGCACUCUCUUCUCGAAACAGCGUCGUCACGCUCUCAAAAUCGCCCAAGGUCCACGUUCACGCGCUUCGCUCGCCGCGCCAGUCUCGCAUGCCGCGCUCGAAUCACAACACUUCGGUUUGGGUAGCAGCUAUUCGAGUGCUCUAGAGGACUGGCUCAUGACAAAUGGUAGCGCCAUAGGUGGACGCAAUAAAAUUGCGACUGGUUGUGGUUUUAGCAGCAGUGGCACAAAUCCAUUCCUCUUCUCCGACUCAGUGCCAGACUUGAGCGUACUGAACAGCGAUCACCAUCAACGCAUCUCGGGUUAUUCAACCAACCAUUCCACACCACAAAAGAUACCCUACUCACGUCAAAAUGAAAAUGGUAAUCAUAGUCGUUAUUCGAAUGGUUAUUCCUCGCAAAAUAACUCAUUCACCAAUUGUCCAGGUGUUGGAGGACCAUUUGAUUCGCCACGACGCAUUUUCAUUAACAAGGAUUUCUCAGCGAAUCAAGUUGUCGACGAGGAGGCCGAUGAUGAUGAGAAGGUCGAACUACGUCGGCCACACGCUUACAGUGGCAGCUGCAGCAAUGGCAAGGCCAACAACAACAACGAUUUGGAGAACGGCAAUGUGGUGGAUGGGGAGUGGUUGUACCGCAAGCCAAGAGCACCAACCGAUAUGCGACACUCUGUGCAACCCAUGCUGCCUACCAAUAACAACUACAACAAUGCGAACAACUUUUCGAAAAUUCCUGUAACCGACUUAGAUCACUCAGCUCAUGACAGCGGCCUCGAUACACCACCGUCCACAAAUCAACGUCCAUCCAGUUAUCGUGAGAUUAUUAGCCGUGCCUCUACACGCGACGCCAACGAAUCUGUGGUCAGAUCCUCACAUGGUAAUCUGCUUAACGGCAGCUUUCGCGCCAAGCAAAUAACUCAUCUCACAAACAAUUUGAAUCAAGUCAAUGCGCUGCACAGCUCUCAUCUGAGCGUCCAAGAACGCAUUCUACAAAUGCGCAACGAAGAAAAUCGCUGGGGUUCACUGAAAUCGGAAGCCAAUCGCUACAGCCACAAUGCCCUAUACGAUCAGAAUAAGAAUCCCUACCCGGAAAGCGCCAAUCAAUCGCCACAACGCACUCCCUUCAAGAAGCAUUCGCUAAUCGGUUACGGUCGCUCAAUUAGUCACGAUACUAACGGCACAAUGAACGGUAAUUCGCAGAUGAAGGGUUCGUCUAUAUUACGCGAGCGCUUUCAGCAUCCCGCUUUGGCGGCAAUUAAAGCUUUUUACUGAUAAAUAAUUACUACUAACGGUUAUUUUCUAUUACAAUAACAAUUAUGAUAACUACAUAUGUAUGCGUUCGGUGUAUAAUAGCUAAAUACUCGUAGUGAAAGCUUCAUAAAUAUAGAAAUAUUUACAUGUAUGUAUGUGUGUAUGGAUAAAUACAUACACAAAUAUGACAUAAUUAGAAAUGAAUAAAAAUCGCACAGGGUGUUUAUAAUUUGCGUUUAGUAGAAUUGCUGAUUUAAUAUACGAGAAGUAUUUUUCUGUGAUAGUUGUCAGCGAUAUUAAAACGAAGAUAAUUUCUUUUUUAAUUAUAAUAUGCCAAAAAUUAAAGUAAACGCAUCAAAUUACGAUUAAACUUGAUAUUAAAUAAAUAAAUAAAAAUCUAUCGAAGAAUAUUAGAUGUACGAAACGGUAAA